GAAAGCGCGCACCAGAAUCAAAAAUCAAAAAAAGAAUUUUUUAACACAUUCAAAAAAAGGUCAUGGAGUAAAUACAAUUGCCAUGUAUAAUUACAUAAGUGUACUAUAGUAGAUAAGAACCAUUAAUAAAAGUGUAAAAAACCGGUUAAUUAUUUUACGUAACCUCACAUUUUUUGUGACUUGAGGUGAUAUAUUAUCGUGGAUUUGUGGCCUAAUUAAUAUUAAUAAAUGGUGGGUUUGUGAUUUCACGUUUCCAAAAAAAUUAAGUGAGGUUAUCAUACCCACACGUGGGCCCCCCGAAAAUGAAAAAACAAAAAUUAUUAAAAACUUUUAAUUUAAACGAAUUAAACUCGUUAGUUGAGGAUAAGAAUUCGUGUGUGGAAUUACUUACCCUCCAGGAACACAUAGCCCUCCACCCUUACCACUUGAACGAUUUAAAUAAUUCAGUUAAGGAGAUCCUCAAUUCAAGGAUAGGGAAGUUUAGUGCCAGAUUAGAUGGGAUUCUGUGUGGUUACAAAAAUACAAAAUUGUUGUCAAAAGCAGGAAAAAUCUGUGAUGAUUCUUGCUACAUUCACGCCGAUAUUGAGGCCGAAUUCUUCAUUUUUAAGCCUGUGGAAGGUAAAAUACUGGAAGGUGUCGUACACAAAAAGACUAAAGAUCAUGUUGGUUGUCUGGUACAUAAAAUUUUUAAUGUGUCUUUGCCAAAGCCCAAGAAACAUGAGUGGUUGGGCGAAAAUUUGAACCCUGGCAGUAGAAUACAACUAGAAAUCACGUCAACAAAUUUCGAGGGAAAAUUGCCUUACAUUAAAGGUAGAAUUAUCAAUGUUUUGGACGCGACUCCAAACGUAUUAAACGAGUCGAACAAUAAAAUAGUUUUUGAAGAAAACCUUGAUGAGACAGUGACAAAAAGUAGUAAGAAGAAAGCGAAAAAAAUUAUUUUUGAUGAGUCGUUCAAUGACGAGAGUCUUAAUUUUGACACAUUAAUAAAAGAAGAACCUGAGAUAAGUUUAAAGAAGAGUAAGAAAAAAACUAAACGUAAGGCGGAAGUUGACGAAGAUAUUGAACCACCAAUCAAAAAGAAAAAGAAAAAACAUGUACAAGAGGAUUCUUCAUAAAAUUGUUCCACAAAUACAUGAAAUAAAAUAUAAAACACAA